UUUGCGUAGGAAGGUCGUGAAACACGCGAUGUUUCGAUAGAGCUAGCGCUGCAUUUUAAAAACAAAAUUCAAAAUAUUCUGAAGCAUUUUAUAUUUCCUCGGAAUUUGUGGAACAGAAUUAUGUGAGUGAACAAGGCUUUAAAAUUGUGUCCUUUUUCAUAAGGCUGCUCUCGAAUGGUGACCGGCAUGCAAGGAUUAGAUUUUGUAUGGAUUUAAGAAUAUUUCCUGUUCUGGUUUGAUUCGAUUGUUUUCGAAUUAAAUUGCAGAGCAAUGAAAUCAGCUGCUACGCAUAAGGCUGCUCUUCACAGCACCCCUGUUUCGGCUACUUCUCCCUUGUCGCACAUACCUUUGCCUCGGAGGAAAAAUUCCAGUAAAGGUGACAAAGGCCUGGAUGUGGUUGAUACGGAUUCUGAGUACAGCAAUGAUGCUAUUGCUACUCGAAGUCAGGCCAAGAUGUCACUUCUAGGCAGCACUUCCUUCUGUUGCGCCUCUGGUCAGAAAGAGGAUUACAUUCCAGAUGCCAGGAUACUGCCUGCUUCAAAACCGCCCAAAAAAAGACCCCCAAACAUCGCUGUGAAGAAGGAGUGCGAUCCGUCCACACCGAAAACGCCGCUCUUGACCUCCGGGAAAGGGCUGCUGGUGAAGAGUAAAAAGGGCAAGAUUAAUCAAGACGGUUCUGAUGAAGUGCAAACCCCAUUGAAUGAAAACGGUCCUGUGAAAACCAGCACUGAAGAUAUCAAAACACGCUCCGCGAACCCCGAUAUUGACAGCAGACUUCGUCCAGUGGAGGAGAGAAGAAAAAUAACACCGCCAUCCCCUCAACGUCGCAUUCACAGAGAGGCUGGCAUUCCUCGUAAAGAUCAUUCGGAUGUCCGCAAAUAUCCCGAGUCACCUAGAAAGCACCGAAAGGAUUCGAACGUGUCUGCUCCUAACCAAACAGUCGAGGCUGCGAGCGCUAAUGUUAAGAAAUGUAAACAUGCAAACGAAAAGCUGCAUUCAAUCGAUCAGCACCUAUUGGAGGCAAAAGCUGGGAAUUUUGCAACAAUAUCCGAAAGACCCGAGAAAUGCGAUUUGAUAUUCAAUGCAUGCGACGUAACACAGAAUGAACUUGCUUCCAAAGAGCCUACGGUUCAGAAUGGAAACAGUGAUAAUGUGGUUGAUUGUACUGACGUUUUAAACAAGUCUCAUGAAAGUGAGGAUUUCGAUUGCCCGUGUUGUGACCGAACAUCAGCAAUGAUGGACGAUACGGGGCUGUCGGACAUCGAAGUGAAAAUGUUUACUAGCUGUGAUGUCAUUGCCCCCACUGAGGAAACACAAGAAUUAAAUCAAGUCAAAGAUACUUGUGAUAGCACGGAGCAAAUGCUCCAGUUGGAAGUGAAAUCUUUGAAAGAGGAGUUGCAAGCUGGAAAGCUGAAAUUACAGAGUCAGCAAGUUCGCGUGCGACACCUCGAAGAAGAACUUGGCGUGAUGCAGCAGCUCAGACAAGAACUCGAUAAAGAAAAAGAGCUUAGAAAGAUAGCGGAGGACAAAUUGCUGGAGCUGCUAGAUUACGAGAAGCGGAUGGAAGUGCAGAAGAGAGAGAAUGAAAAGCGAAUGGAAUCUAGAGGCACCCAAGUGGACUCGACAGAAACUGCUCCGAAUCCUCCAUCAUCAGAACCUGGAUCUCCUCUUUUAUUGGGUUAUGAUGGCCGCCUAAGAAAAUACCAAACAUAUAUAGCCAAAUUGGAAAAUGACAAUCUUAUGUUAGUCAACGAGCUUAAAAAAUUCAAAGAUAUGAGUCCUCGGAGUCAAGAAGAGCAAGCCAAGGUGUUGGUGGAAAAAUUGGGCCAGAUGGAACGCAACAAUCAGCAGCAGCAAAUCCAGUAUGAAACUUGCUUGGACGAAGUGGCGAACAAACUAGUCCAAACACUGCUCGCACAAAAAAGACUGGAAGAAGAAUGUAAGGUUUUGCAUCUGAGAGUGGAACAGCUGGAACAAGAAAACGUAACUCUAAUGGAACUCAUGGAUAAAGAAAAAGAGGAAAAGGCGGAAAAAGUCGAUAGCAUGAAAUCUGAGCAGAUGAAUUCUUAUAUACAACUUCGAAAACCAUCCCAUCACCCGCUGACAUCAUCACCCGUGAAGAAGAGUUCAGUGACACAGAAAUCUUCCAUUUCAUCUGAAGAGCAGAAGGAUCCACCAAAAAGUACAAAUCUAAGCCCAAUAAAGAGUGUUUACUCAGAACCCAGAAGUCCAGUCACCAGUCCUACUGCUAAAGUAGGGUGUGCUUCCAAAAUACCAUCGUUUAGUAGCUCAAAGCCAGUUCUGGUUCGCAAGAAAAGCGAAACAGACAUGCAACCGCCUAGAAAAUCUAGAAAUGAGGCUUUAAGCCGAGAAACUUCCUCUUCAGAUCUUGUGCCAAAUUCAAAACCAUCCUCCGCUUUACCAUCCUUGAGAAAUAAGCCACAAAGCACCCCUAAGGGACCCAAAGGAUCUAGUGCUAAAAGGAAAAGACUUUCCAGGACUGAAUCCCCCGCCGAGAAAGGAGCCAAAGAUUCUAAACAAAGAAUUAAAUCCAACCACAUUCGGUGGGAUUCUCGGAAAGUUUCUUCUGAAGAAAUGACACCUUCCUACAGUGGUAAAGAAUGCGUUAACCAAAUAUCUCCCAUUCCAACAUUCCCUCAACCUCAACACGUAUGGAGCUUCAACUGCGAACUGAGUACCAGUAUGUCAGUGCCUGAAAUUAAGAGAAAAGUUGCUGCCUCCAUUGAUGCACUCAAACUGGACAUGGAGUUGGGUGUAGACCGUCCAGAGGAUGAUUUGAAUAGCAAACAAAGCUCGUCCACUUCUGAAUCUUCUACAACGAUAGAAGGUGGAAACAGAACUAGAGACGAAGGCUACUCUACCAUGUCCAGCGAUUUGCAACCCGAUUCGGCAGCAGACACUACCAUCAGUGAGCCGGAACACUCGGCAACAUAUGUUAUUACAGAAAAAGAUAUCUGUAACAGCGACGACAGCGUCACUGAAUGCUUAGACGGUUCAAUGUGUUCAUCUUCAGAUAGUGGCUUCGGGCCCUUGCAUCAAGUUGCAACUCCGCGAGCAGCUAAUGGUUUUGAAGAGGAACCAAGCAGGACUAUUAAUGAAUUACCUAAAUUUGAUGCCGCAGGUAGAAAACUCGGAACCGUUAAAUGCAAAGAACAAAUUGCUAGCGUCAAGCCUACUAUUAGAAGCACAGGUAAUGUUUUCGAUCAGAACUCAAUGCUCAGUGAUAAUAAAUCUGAUUCAGUUUGUGAUAAAUUUCUGUCUGAUUCCGGUACUCUGAAACAUGAAUCUUCGAAAGCAUUUCAAGAAUUUGAUAGGUUUUCUCCUUCUAAAUUGCCUAAUGAUCAGAAGCUUUCAGGUGUCGAUCAGUCUACUAUGAUUGAUUACAUAAAUUUCCCGAAGGAAAUUAUGGGCUUGACAAAUUAUCGAAAUUCAUGGCAUUUAGGUCAUACAAAAUCGAUUUGUGACGACAAAAUAGUAUUUUGCACAAGACACAGUUAUAUAGACGAUAAUCUAUAUGACGAUCGAGUGGAAACAGCUGAGAAAGCUACACUUACAGAACCGGAGGAGGAAUUGUGGCGCGAAAAAGCUCUGGCACCUUUUAUUGAUGAAAGUAUCUGGUCUUUAUAUUCUUCUGAAGGCGACAUUCAGGUCAAACAUUUUCCUAUAGAACCCCUUUUGAGUGAGCCUUCCCUUGAAAAACUCAUAAACAAUUGUAGCCCUUGUAUUGUUGUUACAGAAAAUGUCGAUUCGAUCCCACAAGACGAAGCAUUUCAGGCUUCUGCCAUCAAAUCGUCCACAAACUCAUCCGUUACGGAAUUAAAUAAUUUAACUGGCCAGAAUACCGAACAGUUCAAACCUGGUCUCGAAAGAGUAGCAUCGGAUACUGUUUUAUAUCUGAAGGAUGCCAUUCAUGAAUUAGAGGAUUCAAUGCGAAGAGGCCUUAAAUCAUCCAAGAACAUUCCUGCGUUGCAUCAGAAUUCUGGCUCGGAAUCUGAGUCUUCUCCUACUGGAGGAAUCAGCUUCAAACCUGAGAUCUUGCGCACUUUAGAAUCAACAAUGGCUGGGCAAGAUCACCUUGCCUGGCCUUCUCCUACCCGUAGUUCGUCCUUGAGUUCUGUGCAAUCUUGCGUAUCCUGCCAUGUGGUGAGCGACGAAAUGGAGGAUGUCGACCUAGUCCGAACCAGCCAGAAGGGAUCUCGGGAUAACGACCUUAAUAGUGCAAGUGAUGCAGAAUAUGAGAACUUAGACCACCGAGAUUUCGUUGAAAGAUGGCUUCAGAAGGAAAUAGUUUUCAACAAUUCUCCUAAGUUGACGGUGUCACAUUUGGAGCCAGUUGCUGAAAUAGGUGAAUAUCCACUCCCUUCUGUGGAAACUCGGAUUUCACCCCCGUCCAGAACGCGCUUCAGUCCUUAUCCCAACGAAUCCAAAGAAACAAAUGCAAUUAUUUCAUUGCUUCCUAUUCAAAAGACUGAUAACAUUUCGCCAACACAAUCGGACGUAAUAUCAUCAGAGCCACUUUUUGAAAGUGAUGCUUGUGUGGCUGAAUGUAUACCCGAUUGUCCAGAAGAUGUUGAUGUGGAAUGCUUGGAUCCAGAAGCUACUGAGUUCAACGGGGAUUUCUACACCCUCUGCAGCAUCGGAUCCCUCAAGAGCUUGGAUCGCUUCUCGCCGUCCAAAACACGAGACAUGACAGUGAAACAAUUAGUGGAAUCGCCCAUCUUCAACCGGAAAGCCCCUCCAAAAAGUUUAUCCAAGUCGUCUGCAGAUAAACUAAAGCCGACUGGACUGGUCAAACCAACCAGGCCAGUCAGCUUGUCUUUUGUCUCCGUUCCUAGCGUACCAGAGCACUCUCUGCAAAAGAGCUCUCCCACAGUUACCGACCCGGGUUCCAAAGAAUCCGAUUGCCAUGCCAAAACAAGUAUUUGCACCAAAGUUCCUCCAAAUAAUUUCUCUGUGUGUCAGAGCGACGCCGAGAACAAGAAAUCUCCUGUCAGCGAGUGUUCCUCGAGUGAAAAAUCACCCGUUUCCUGUCUUCCAGUUCGCAUUGCUUCUGUUUCUGUCAAGCCCAAGAGUCCCACGAAGAUCGUUUUCAGAAGCGGGAGUCCAUCGAAAAGCGAAGAUGCUUCGAAAAGACAACAGUGGAAGCGAGACAGACUUGUGUCCAGACGGAGUCAUCUGAAAGAGGGUUGUGGAACUGCGUGGAUCCAUUUACAGCCGAAUCCUGCUCUCAGUGAUCCAUCGGUCAGAAGCAAUCUUUUAGAUUCCCUCAAAGCUCCGACCAGCAGCAGUGGAAGUAGUGGUACAGAAGAAGAAGAUAACGAAGUACUUGUGAUCCAAACCAACUCUCAUCUUCACAGGAUAUGCAAAGAACGACGACACAAAGCCAAAGCUUCAGCAAACAAUCCUUUGUAUGACAUGAAAAAGCGGUCGUCCAUCGUGGGUCGACGAGAACUCUUCUACAGAUUUGGCGAUAAAGAGAAAGAAGCAAUUGCUUGUUUCGACUUUUUGGAGGAGAUCCCUUCCGUUGAAUCGCUGAAUAAGCCAACUACUCCGCCUGAAGAAACGCCGCCCAUCCCUCCAUCCAACCUGAGCCUGUCGUGUCGACAAAUAUCGUCCAUUAAAGAACGAAUUUCACUGGUGUCUCCCACCAUUGGCAACCAUUCUAAAUCGGUGGCCACCGCCGAUCCUCCAUCCAAGAUGACCGACCUCGCCAAGUCGCCGUUCUCCAACUACAGCGCGCGCAAGCUGAGGCUACCGAAUCUGUGGAAUAAACCCUUGAGCCACAACAUGUCGUCGUCCACCCUCAAUUCUCAGGACUGCGAAUUGCUGGAUCAUAUAUCCCUGAGCGACUCCUGCGCAGAAAGCUAUUCCUCGACACCCGAGAGCUACGACGACGUCAGCUGAAGAGAGAAUUCGAAUAUCAAGUCUAUUUUUGUACAUUUAUGUUGCCUGCUUGGUUUCUUGCAACACGAAACUUCUGUACAUUUGAGGACUCUUCGUUCAGAAAGGAUGACUGCGUCCGACUAUGACUUUUCAAUCCCCUGAUAUUGUUACCCAGAUAUAUCCAGUGCAAAUGGGUCUAGAUUUCAGUUACUGAAGCCAGUGGUAAUUCGCGUUGCCAAUACGUAGAAUGUUAUGAGGGGGUGGAUCUACGAUGGAUGACGUAGCACGCACGUGGCGUUAUAGAAAGAGCUCAAUAAAAAGAAUCGAUUUUCGUUUUAAAUGUAGUAUUUCUAUUGCUUAGAAUAUCAAAUGUUGGCACUUAAAACUGGAUUUUGUUGAAACUUAUUUAUUAAUAUUAAAGGCAUUAAGAUCUCUUAAAAUGCAUUCUAAACAGUUUAACUGGCUCAACGUGUGCUUUUCCUAUUUUAUCAACUUGACUUAAUAUUACCUUAAAAGAAAUACUUUUUAAACGGUUUCUCUCAUUUUGUUAAGGAAUUUCAUAUAUUAAUUCACUAUCAAAAUUAAAUAUUAUAAAAAUUUCAGAGAUAAGCUGUCCUUGAAAAGCAUUUAUUUCGUAAUAUCGGCUAAUUUAUUUGUAAUAUGCAAGAAAUAUUUAUAAUAUAAUAAAAUUUAAUUUAAGAAGUCUGAUUUAUAAUAUAAUAAAAUUUAAUUUAAGAAGUCUGGUAAGUCACCUUAUUUUUCAAAUGCCAUGUAGUGUUAAAACGCACAAAAAACAAUUGACUGAGCAUGGCAAAUAUAUGGUGUUGAUUCUUUUUCGGUAAAAACCAAAAUUGACAGAUUUCUCGAUUGCAUGAGUGGAUAAUUUGUGACUGGUUUUGAUCGUAAUUAAUCUUAAAAUGAAUCUGCCAACUAGUAUUAUCGAUUCCAAAUUGCAAAACUGGAUAUAUCUGGGUUGGAACUGAGUAAAAAAUUUAACACAGAAAUGUAUCACAUUUUAUACUCAGUUACAUUGUUUUACUUUUCAAUGCAAUCAUUACCGAGUGUUAGAUUCUUGCUUUAUUUACAUUAGAAUAACCACAUCAUAGAUUAUUAUUUACAGCAUUUAUUUCUCAAAGAAACGUGCUCAAUAUUAAUUCGUUUGUAUUCCAUUUAUGAAUUCUCGGAAGAAACUAGAAUUAUACUUGUGCCUUUCGCAUAUAAUAACUUCCUUUCAUUUCGUUCGAAUUUGCUGUAACUAAGUACAAUCCAUUCAUAUUUACAACUCAACCUGAAAUUUACCUCGAUCUUUUGAUUCCGUAUCUCUUACGUAUUUGAGAGUCGUUUGUAUUUUAUAUAUUCUAUUGAUUCUUUUGAGGCAUUUAAAAAACCGCAGCCGUCGUGAAAUGUAUAUACAUCAAGUUUUAGAGUUUUACAAUGCAUUUUUAUAUUGUUUUUUGUUUUUUUUAUAUAUACAGACUAGAGAACGGACUGAUUUGUGGAUGUGUUUGAUUUUUAGUGCUUUUCUAUCCAUCUGAAUGGUCUGAGUACAGCUUCUAUAAGUAAUAUAUUGGGUGGCAUUGUUUGGUGUUGUAUUAAUUCAUGUCUCUUCUUGUAAUGGGUCAUGCGUUUAGGUGCACUACAAAUGCCGAGCAGAUAAAGGUAUUAUGCUUUCCAGAGCAUGAUGUGUUUAGGAAUCGGAAAUAUUAAUCAUCGUUUCAAUAAUAAAUACACUAAAAUUGAUUUGCCAUUAUGAAACUCGAUACAUCGAUUCUAUUAACUGAAAUUAAUGUCUGCUUUCUCAGUAAUAUCUUUCGAAAUUAAUAUCUAAGCUGUGUUUGCAUUAGGAUAUUUAUUAGUUAUGAUCGGCAAAUCAUAAGACGAGAUCAUGUGACUGUUUGUACCAAUCAUAAAUUAGUGGUGAAAAUCAUGAGACAAUAUGGUCUUUGCUAGCAAAAUAUAUUGAUUUUAUUUAGAAAUUUUAAACUUAGUUUUAAUUUGCCUUUUCUCAAAGAAUUAUUUUUCAUUUCUAAUAGUAUUUUCCUUGGUGUUUCGUAAAAAAAAAUCACAUAAUCUGACAAUAGUUACGUUUCAAAAGAGAACACUCUGUUCACCAUGGAAAGUUACAAAUUUAUUCCCACUUCUUUUCUUCCCUUAUUUUGGUCGUUCCUAUACUGCAAUCGCGAUGAAUAAAGAGCUAUAUUCAAAGGCAAAAAUCAAAAGAACGAAAUCAAAAUUGGAUUCCUACCUACUAAUGAAAAAAAGAAUCAUUGCAGGGAUUUCUCAUCUUUUUUUUUACAAAAUAAUUUUUUGCUCUUUAAAAAUUAGAAAUAUUUCAAAUUUUAACUCCAUGAGAUAAAACUAUCUCAUUGAUUUUUAUUCAUGAGAACUAGCCUUGGUUGAAAUACUAUCAGUUUCCUUACAAUUCAAAUUGUCUGCUCGGCAUUUCUAUUGUCCAAACAACUGUCUGUAAAUAAAUAGUACGUGUUCUUGGAAACAGACGUGAGUAUAGGUUUGAUAGGGUAUUACGUUUUCUACGAGGUCUUUAAAGGUUUUGUACAGAGGACUAUUUUUAGAGCAGCUUUCCUGCUGUAUAUACUAGGGAAAUAAUUUCCUUUCUUUUGUCGAUUUUUUUUUCCCGUGUAAAAUUUGAGGUAUUCUGCGUGUUGAUUAUAUUAAAGCUGUUUCUGAUAUAUUCAACGUGAAUUGUGGUAAAUUAUAUGUUUAAUGUAUUUAUAAUUCGCGAAAAGUUUGUAAAUUUUUUAUAUUGGUCGUAACUUGGGGUGAAUUAAUAAUUGAAUGUUGUGUGACGAGUCAUCUUUAAGUUAUUACUGUCUCUAUUUAAUUGUUUAUAUUGUAAGAAAUUUACUUUUUGUAAAAAAAAAACGAAACAAUUAAAUUUUAUUUAAUAUGAUAAAACUAUGAAUUCUUUUGGAAAACAAAUGGGUGAAUUGUAUAAAAAAGACGCAACAUGUUUGUGCAGAAUUUUUUCGUUUGUUAACAAUAGCGCAAAAAGCAUUUGUAUUGCAUAAGUGAAAUAAUUCAGAGAUUCAACGUUUAGAAAAAAAAGUCUGAGUCUACCGUAAGAUUUUAAUUUCGAUUCUGAAUUUGUCGAAUGCGCGUCUAUUCAUUGUUAAUCAAGACUUCUUUUUGACUGUUCUGUAUUUAAUCUGUUAAUUUAUGGUGCUUGUAAAAUAAAAACUAUUCGGUUUAUGUUCUGAUCUCUGUAUUGGUAAACUGUUAUUCAAUAAAGAUGUGAUUUAAAAACUU